GGUUAACUUUUAUAUGGUAUUUUAAAGGAAAAGUGUACGUCAUUUUGUAAUGAUAGUCUCCUUCACUCCUAUCCGUUCGCGAUCGAAGGGUGUUCAACAUAAAAAUAUACAUUUACUAAACGGUAAACCUCUGUUUCAUUAUGUCGUAUUAGAAGCAUUAAAAGUAUCUUCCUUGAAUGAAGUAUGGGUUUCAACAGACAGCGAACAUUAUGCAUCAUUGGCUCCUCCAGGCGUGAAAGUACACAAACGAUCAGAAGUAUCGGCUACAGACCAAUCAACGACGGCCGACGUUCUUAUGGAAUUUGUCAAAACUCGCUCGGAUAUUGCUAGAGUUGUUGUGUUACAAGCAACCUCGCCGACAACAACAUACCAAGAUAUAGAAAAAGCGCUGCAACAUAGCGCGUCUAAUAAAGGUUGCGUCAGUGUGCAACCAGCGCAUGUUUAUCUCUAUCAGGGCAACGUACCAUUGUGGACAACGAGAGUGCCACGCCAAGACUCGAAGAUAUUUGCCGAAGAUGGUAGUAUAUAUGUGAUUCAUGUAGCUGAUUUUAUCAAAACAAAAUCAAUCCCAACGUUUCCGUGUCGUACCAUGGUGGUUCCACAUGCCGUGUGUGAUAUUGAUACAGAACAAGAUUUUGCACGUGCCUCCGCAUUGCUUUAUCGCUCAAGUACUACCGUAAUAGACAUUGGCGGAACUUACGUUCGUUUAAAAUACAAAAACCGUGUCGAGCAAUGGUGCACUAGAACUUUAUGUGGUUCAAAAGACCAACUUAAAGAGUUCAUUUUAGACCAGAUAAAACAAAUAGAUGACUACGAAAUAUUUAUUAGUGCUGCUGGAAUUAUUACAGAGAAACAAGGCUACUAUGUUGUUUCAGAUGCAUCAGAAUUAAUGCCUUUCUGGAAGGGAACUAUUUUCCCAAAGUAUGUUGAUGGAAAACUCAUUAAAAUGCAAAACGAUGGCGAUUGUGCAGUGAUGGAAUUGGUUCGAAAGAAUAAAUUACAGCAAAAGAAUAUAAUGUUGUUAGUGUUUGGUACUGGGAUUGCAACUGGUUUAUAUAUUAACGGAAAUGUUGUGAAAAACGCUGAGAUAGGUCGGUUAUUUGAACCGGAGUUUUCAGUUAACUUUGAAACAUCGGAUACACUUAAGUUAGUUAGAAAACUUACCAAAAUUAAAAGCAUGUUAUCAUUAGAUGACCUGUAUGUGAGUGGAUUUAUCCUUAAGCAUAAGCACCACAUAGACAUUUUAGAGCAAUAUGGUAUCAAACCCAUUGAUUCAUAUCUAAAUAUGUGUGGCGCAUUGCAUAUCAACGCGAAAGAGCAAUUUCAACAAAAGAAAACAAAAAUUAUUGCUGAAAUUGGAUAUAAUCAUCAGGGAGAUGUGAACAUUGCCAAAGAGCUUAUCCGUAGAUGUAAAGACACCGGGGUAGAUUUGGUAAAACUACAGAAACAAGAUCUUGGUCCGGACGGACGUUUUACACAAGAGGUCUUACAUAGCCCCUAUGUAACAAAGAAUUCAUUUGGUGAAACAUAUGGGAAUCAUCGGAAAGCUUUGGAAUUAUGCGAGAGGGAUUUUAAAGCCCUGCAAAGUUAUGCAAAAGCAAUUGGUAUUGAAUUCAUAGCCAGUGGUCACGAUAAGCCAUCUUUUGAUUUUUUAGAAACACUUGACAUACCGUUUUACAAAAUAGGCUCCGGAGAUAUUGGCAAUCUCGAAUUAAUCGAAUAUGUUGCGAAAAAGCGGAAACCAGUGAUACUUUCUACCGGCAUGUCGGAUUUGUGGACGGUAGAAAAAAGUGUACGCGCAGUUUUAAAACAUAAUCAUGAUUUAACAUUAUUGCACUGUACAUCUAGUUAUCCAGUACCAGACAAUGAGGUCCAAUUAAAUGUCAUUCGUACGUACCAAAUGAUGUUUCCAAAUAUUAAAAUAGGGUUUUCAGGUCACGAUCAAGGAACACCAUUGACACUUGCAGCUGUCGCAUUGGGAUGUGAAGUUGUUGAAAAACACGUAACAUUAGAUAAACAAAUGAAAGGUUCUGACCACAUUGCAUCUUUAGAUAUGAACGAAUUAGCAAUGCUCGUUAGAGAUGUACGUCGCAUUGAUUCAGCAAUGGGAACCGGGAUCAAGUGCAUUCAGCCUUCCGAGAAUGUAUGCAUAAACAAACUCGGAAAACGCCUAGUGUAUACAUCUUCAUUUGAAAAGGGUUCUGUAAUUACACCCAAAAAUGUAGUGGCAAAGAUUAAUUCUAAAACUGCUGAUGACGUACCAAUAAUUGACACAGAAUGGGAUUUUAGAAAACUACAAUUCGCUGUGGUGAAAAAUGAAAAUAUGAAAAUCAACCAUUUCAAAACUGUGUCGGAAAAAUCUGACAGUAGCGGAGAAAUAAAGACAGGGAAUUCAACUCGUGAUUUAGUAUUUCUGACAUGCACGCGCGCAGAUUUUUCAAAAAUGUCACCAUUGAUUCACGAAGCACUAAAAGCAGACAUUCCAGUUACAAUUUGGGUUUCUGGAAUGCAUUUAGAAGAGGAAUUUGGUUCAACAUAUAUGGAAAUAGUAAAAAUCUUUUCAUCUACGCAUGCGAAAAUUGUGUUUAGACCGAACAAAUCAAAAUCGAUGAGUCAAAGAUUUAUUAACACUGCCAAUGAAUUUAAGCGCUGGCUACACCCUUCAGUCGAAAUGGUAUUUGUACAUGGAGAUCGAAUUGAAAGUCUUGCCUGUACUGCCGUUGCAGUGCUUGAAAACAUAAAAGUAUGUCAUAUUGAAGGGGGUGAGUUAAGCGGUACUAUUGAUGAAUCUCUACGUCAUGCAAUAACAAAGUUGGCGCACAUACACUUGGUUUCGAAUGAAUGUUCACGUCUUCGAUUGUUACAGCUGGGAGAAGAUGAGGCGCGCAUACGCGUGGUCGGAUCUCCAGAAGUUGAUGCCUGGUUAGAUAACAAUGUUUCAUUUUCAGACGUUAAGAAACGUUACGACAUUGUUUUUGAAGAACAUGAUUUCAUGGUUUUACUUUAUCAUCCUGUCACUAUCAGUUUUGAUCCACAUGAAAUCAAACACGUUGUCCAGUGUUGCAUUGCGUCAGAAAGUAAUUUCGUUGUUAUCAAAUGCAAUAAUGAUACUAAUUAUGAAACAAUAUUGAAAGAAUACACGAAAUUCAAACACAAUCCUCAUUUCAAAUAUUUACCUUCUUUAAGAUUUGAACAUUUUGUGUCAUUGAUAAAACACUCAAAUGGACUCAUCGGAAAUUCCAGCGUUGGUGUUCGAGAAACGCCCGUAUUAGGUAUCCCUUCGUUAAACAUUGGAAACCGGCAACGAAACCGUUCAACUGAAGCUCGAUCUAUUAUUCAUAUUCCUGAUCAUAGAGAAAUGUCAGCCGCCACAUUGAAAUUAAUGAAAAAUAUUCCGCGUGUAGAACCUGUGACGGAAUUUGGUUCAAGUGGUUGUGCAACUCGUUUAGGUGAAUUCAUUCGUGAAUGUGAUUUAAGGGAAAUAAAUACACAAAAGUAUUUUGUAGAUAUUUAAUUAUCGUAGCUCAUUAAAACGACAUGAUUAAAUAUUUAAUAUAUUCAAGAUGUCCAUUCUUUUACUGUUUGGCAAUCAUAAGAUAUAACACCUUGUAUAGCUGUUAAAGAAACAGAAUGAAAUACCAUUUUAUAGUAGGACUAGAUGUCUUUUAUUAAUAAGAUCGGUGCUAGAAAUAUUUGCGUUCAAAAACAAUUUUAACAUUUUUAAAUGAUUGGAACGUUCCAUGUUUAGAGAAAUUAUACAUCUGUGUCUUUGCUGUACGUUUUAUACAAAUAUAAUUGCGAAAUUUAGAAAUUAUAUCCUGACUAAAUAGUAAUGAUAAUAAGGAGGUCUUUGUGGUGUGAAGUAUAUAUCUCGAAAUAUUUGUUUUGAAGAAUAAAUAUCAAAAUAAUUGACAAAACGUCAUUUGAUGGUUGGUAAUGUCUAUGACCAUUGUUUUUAUGUCUGUAUACUUGAAUGCCAGGAUGUUGUUUCGCGUAUGACCAACCGUACGUCGUCUCGCCAAUAACGCGGCGUGAUUCAUUGACACGUCAUUGAUGCCUUCAUUCGCCAUACCUGCUGAAUGUGGGCAUAACAAAGAACCCCAUUAAAUGCUCAUCCAGAAUAUUGUCUACAAAGUAAACACACUAUGCUUGUACAAGUACCAAAGUAUCGUCGUGUCGGACAUUUGGUCUAAUAAAUGACGGAACUUGUGAAAUACUAGUAAUUUAUCGUGAUAUGGACUGUUUUAUUGUUUGUCCCAUUGCAGGUAAUCUCGUUUCGUAUUUGAUAUCAAUUAGCUAUAAUACAUUAUUUUCCAAAAUAAACACAAUAUUACAGGAUAUUAUUAUAUUGCAAAUACUCUUAAAUAUGUAAGAACCUUCAAAUUAAAUCAAAAUAAAGAUUAUUUAACUACAGUCAAAUCUCGAUAUCUCGACUGCGGUUAUUUCGAUAUUUCAAGUGGAUUUUCCCUUUCCCGAAUUUUUUCCUUCUUAUUUUUUAUAAAUCAACUACGGAUAUCUCGAAUUUUUUAUUUCGAUUUUUUCGCUAUUUCAACUAAAUUUUCAGUCCCCAUCUUUGAAAUUUACUCUGUUUGGACAUCGUUAUCUCGAGUGGACAUUAAUCGUUCGCCAAACGAGGUGGAAAAAACUGCACGACUUGUAUUCGCUCAAUUGUCGUCUGCCGCCGGAGGUGCGAAAAACAACACGCUCGGUUGUUCACUCAAUGAUCCUGAUUACAACCAAAACACAAUUAACCGGCUCUAAUGUGUAAUUAAUUGUUUAUUUGUAACGUAAGCUGUGUAACACGCGGAUUGAGUAAUUUGUAUUGAAUUGUGUCAAAAUUUAGUGAGUUUAGUUGCAUUUAUAAACACCAAGAAUUGAAGAUUCUGUCCAGUUAACAACUGUCUCCGUUACUGACGCUUCAGAUAUUCUUCACUAACAAUCACAAAAACAAUUAGAUCUACCUUUCAAUAUUGUCAAACUGCUGAGUCAUGUCGGAGGGCGGGAGUGAAGAAUUUGCCCAAGCACCAGUCAGAAGACUAGCAAAAAUCCCAGAAGUUGAGACAGCACUGUUCAAAUGUUUUAACAGUGCAAGGUCACAAAACAUUAGCGUCAAUAUACAGUUUUUUUCUAAAAAAACGUAUAUUUAUCAUCACAAAACUUCAUUACCCCACCUACCGACCUAAAUUGACCUUACUUCGGUUAUCUCGAUUUUUCGAUAUCUCGACUUUUUUCCCUUGGUCCCGACGAAGACAUCGUUAUUUGACUGUACAUAUAUACAACAAUCUACUGUCGUUGUAUCAUUUGAACUACUAAGGUAUGGUAAUUUAGCACAAAUGUACUCUAAAAUGUCAAUUAAAUAGAAAUAGUAUGCGAAUAUGUACAAACGUACUUUAGAAAGUCAAUUCAAUAAUAAUUCUUUGUGUAUAUGCAGAGGAAAUUGUUUUAUAAAUAAAUUG